CGCACCGGCGGAGUCGCCAACGCACGCCCAGCGCAUCCCCGUGGAUUACAACAUGAAGCUGCUCAUCGUGCUGGUGGUGGCGGGGCUGGCCGCGGCCGGCCGCCUCGAGAACACCUACCUGCCGCCCGCCAACGCCGACCAGGCCGGCGGCUACAACCUGCCGCUGCCGGCGCAGCCCGUCCAGAGCGUGGCCACGCACACCGAGGCCGUGAUCCCGCCGUCCAACACGUACCUGCCGCCCGCCAACAACAUCGUCAUCGAGGCCAAGCUGCAGCAGCCGCCCAAGCCCCUCGGCGGCAGCGGCAUCCUCAAGCAGGAGGGUCUGCAGUCCACGCUCGGCUUCGGCGCCCCCGCGCCCCUGCAGGGCAGCCAGGCCGCCAAGCAGGCCGCCUUCCAGGCCCCCUCCCUGCCGCAGGUGUCCUCGUACACGACCGCGUCGCAGACCCCCGCCAGCCAGCCCCAGACCUCCGCCUUCUCCUUCGGCUCCCAGCAGGCCUCCUUCAGCGCGCCCAGCUUCGGGUCCCAGCAGGCCUCGUCCCUGCCCAAGACCUCUAGCUUCUCCUUCGGCUCCCAGCAGACGGCCUCUGCGGCGCCCCAGGCCUCGGCCUUCGGUUCCUCCUUCGGCUCUCAGCAGUCCUCCUUCUCCCAGCAGGCCUCUGCCGCGCCCAAGACCUCGUCCUUUGGUUCUUCCUUCGGUUCCUCCUUCGGCUCCCAGCAGUCCUCCUUCGCCCAGCAGGCCCCUGCCGCGCAGACCCCUUCCUUCGGCUUCCAGCAGUCCUCCUUCUCCUCCCAGCAGGCCCCGGCCUCCUACAGCGGCCAGCAGGCCUCGUCCAGCUUCGCCGCCAAGACCAACACCGCCUUCGGCUCGCAGCAGCAACAGCAGCAGGCCUCUGCCGGCCUCGGCCUCCGCCAGGGCGGCUUCUUCUCCCAGUCGCAGCAGCAGACGCCCUCCAUCGCCAUCGUGCGCUCCAGCAACGUCAACAACGGCGACGGCAGCUACACCUACAGCUACGAGACCGAGAACGGCAUCCAGGCCCAGGAGCAGGGCGAGUUCCGUCAGAGCGGCCGGUCGGGCGAGGAGGGCGCGGUGGUGGCGCAGGGCGGCUUCGCCUUCACGGCGCCCGACACCAACGAGCGCUACACCGUCACCUACACGGCCGACGAGAACGGCUUCCGCGCGUACGGCGACCACCUGCCCACGCCGCCGCCCAUCCCCGAGGCCAUCCUGCGCUCCAUCGAGCAAAACGCGCGCGAGGAGGCGGCCGCCGCCCGCAACCAGCAGGGCUACCAACAGAACAACCAGCAGGGCUACCAGAACAGGGCUACCAACAGAAACAACCAGCAGCAGGGCUACCAACUGCCCACCCCUCAGCGACAGCUCAGCUACCAGCAGCCCGCUCAGCAGAGCUUCCAGGUGCCCGUCGUGUCCCAGCGACAGAACUACCAGCAACAGUCGCAGCAGGGCUACCAACCCUCAAACCAGCAGGGCUACCAGCAGCAGCAGCAGAGCUACCAACAGCGACAGGGCGCCCAGAGCGACGCCGGCUACCGGUACUAAGCUCGAGAGUCUGCCCUGCUCCAACAGACUGACUGAAAACGCGCUAGUCGAGUGGCCAGCCAAGCACACUGUGUUAUACAUUCUAGAUAGGGUAUACCUCCACACGUGACUGAAAUAUACCACCCCAUUACCCUGUG